AUGCCAUCAAUUACUUUUUUUAUUAGCUGUAUCCUACUGGUCGUUGUUCGAUGCAACAAUACAUUGAACGAUGAAGUUAUUGAUGUUCCAGCAAGAACGAAACGUGAUUUGUCUGUGUCGCCUACUCAUUUCUACUUCAAAUAUCAAAAUCCCAGCCAUUUUAAGGUUUCCGUUUCUGAUAUAUACAUUCCAGUGCCUGGUUUACGAACAGUUUUCAAUGUUGCCGAAUCGACGCUUUUCGAGAUAACUUAUCAAGGCUCUUGCGAAAUAUAUAAAGGUAAAGGUGUUCAUAUUAAAUUACUGGUUGAUGAUCACCUCAUCGUUGGCGACCAACGUACACCAAACAAAGCCAAUCGUCAUCUUCUUACUAAUCCAAUAUCUGGAGAAACCGCUGCUCACUUUGAUCAGUGGCUCAGUCAACAUCACUUACCUUACGAAUAUGCAACUUUGCCCAUUAUUCAAUCUGCUGUCGUUCUUGUACGUCCGGGUAGACAUAUAUUUGAUCUAGGUGUACAUCAUGGUGAUACUGGAAAUGUGUCAGUUAUCUUUGGUGGAACGAUGCGAUUUAAAUGGUCAAUAGUCGAUAGUCUCAAUCCUGUUCGAGGCUUGACAAUGUGGAAUGGAACAUCUCCUGUUGGUAAUUAA